CAUCGUUUGAACGUUGCGUUUUAGUGCAUACUUAGUUUUAACAGUUGGACAGCUGUCACAGCGCCAUUUACGGACCUAUUUUCCAGAGAUGUCUGAGGACCCACAGUUAGAUCUAUUAAACCACAAGUUGCAGCUUCAACAGGUCGAAGCAGCUCUCGAGCUGGACCCAGAAAAUGUGGAGCUUCUACAGCUGAGACGGGAUCUCGAGGAAGUCAUUAAACUAUCGCUUGAGUUAUUGGGCAGGACGUCUGAUACUCCAGAAGUAUUGUGGAAUGUUGGCGACCAGUGCAUGGCUAUGUGUUCCCGUGACAAACUUUACUAUCGAGCUACGAUACUUGAAUUUCUUGGGGAUGUUAGCUGCGUCGUAAACUUCGAUAUGUACGAUACAACGGACGUAUGCCAGCUGUGCCAUUUGAAACCAAUCACCACAGUUACUCCUGUUGUGAAAAAGAAGAAACAUGACACCAAAACUCGUGCCAUCGAGAAGAAGAAAAUUAAAAAGCAACGUCUUCUUCAAAGAGAAGUUGAGAUCGAAUCGUUUUGCGAGAAGGAGAAGAACCGAUGGCUUAACUUUAGUAAGAAAAUGAUUAAGACGGGAAAAACAAAAAAGAGUAUAUUCGCCUCUCCUGAAGCCUUGGACGGUCGUGUUGGUGUUGGAACGUGUGGCAUAGGUGGUAAGCCGAUGACUAAAUUCACAGUGCUAAAUAACAGUGGCAAAAUGCAGUAAAUCUUUUCCAUAUCUUGUACAUACUGUAAAUAUACUUUAAGCUCCC